AUGAGCUCACAUGUUAUGUUGUUAUUCUCAGACUGCAUGAGAUCCAGUGGUGUGGAGUACAGAGGGGAAAAACAGAGCUCCUCCUCAGGUUUGAUCUGCCUGAACUGGGCCAACACCACUAGAGACUAUGAUGAUAACAUCCAUCCAGAUUCACAAACAGGUGUUGGAGAUCACAAUUACUGCCGAAACCCAGACUCCUCCGAGAGGCCAUGGUGCUACAUUGCUGGCCCAGAUGGGACAGUGCAGAGACAGUUCUGUGCAAUUGACACAUGCAAAGAACAAGCCCCUACUGUGCCGGCAGAGGCUGAAUCCCUCAACCCAACAGGAAAAUCUCUCUCCACAGAGAGCUUUCAGUCGGCCAAGUCAGGUCCUUCUCUGGGAGAAGUUGCUGCCGUGCAGCCAGUGAUGGGAAUCAGCCAGCGAGUGCGCACAGGACCCAAAAAGAAAAAGGAUCUUGGCACAGCCGGUUACAUCAUCGGCAUCGCCAUGAUGGCGAUUAUAAUCGUCCUUGGAGUAGGCAUCACAUUUGGCUACUUCUUUAAGAGGGGUCGGGACUUAAAGAAGCAGCACGAGCAGCGAGUGUACGAGCGUGAGAUGCAGAGGAUCACCCUGCCCCUGUCGGCUUUCUCCAACCCCACCUGCGAGCUGGUAGAUGAAAACACCAUCGUGAUCACGGCGGAGCACGAGAUGACCCCCAUCCAGGAGAGCGUGGAGGGCGGGGACCCUCUCAUGGGCCAGCAAGUCGGAACCCCCGGAGCAUGAGUAGCCGUGUAGUCCUCAAACAGGACUGUGAUACGUUUUUGUGGACCAAAACACUCCCAUCUUCGUUUCUCCUGUCUGCCUCCCUGAGUAACCUCUGUUUUAAAAGGAGUAGGGGAGCAGUGUUUGCUCCAGAGACUUGAACUGAAUGCUGUGUCCUUUUCCUUUUUUUUCUUAAGCUGACACACAAUGGACACAACGAAACUAGAAACGAUUAAGGGGAAUCUGGUGAUAAUGAAGAUGUCAUGAGGUCUUUAAUGUUCAUAUUUGAUACACUUGAUUGAGUAAGGGUCAUGGGCUGCCCAUGCUUAAAUAACAGUAUGAAUAUCUAGUCAAACAGACGUUGACUAGUUAGUGUUUAUAAUGGUGUAUGAUGUUUAUAACUUUUGAUUUUUAGUCUGUUUUCAUGUAGAGAAGGUGCUAUCCACAGGAGGUGUGGUUACACGAUGAAUAUAUGAUUUAUUUUGUAUUGACCCGCUGGCUGUGCCGAGGGAGACGCAGACAAGAAACAUGUAUGUAUAAAGACUACUUUGUCUUUGAGACACACUGGUGACACAGAUGUGAGUGUCCAAAAAUAGCCAUCCUUCUCUAAGACAGGAUGAGGGAACAUGAGGUAAAACAGGCCCACUAAAGACAAGGGAAACUGCCUUAGCAUGAUACUUCUGAAUGUAUUUGUUUUUCUUUUCCUUGUUUUUUUUUUUUUUUUUCCUCAUUGUACUCGACUGACAGGGCCAAUGCGGUUACAAAAGCAUGAUGGCGGUUAUUGGCAGACAUGAAAGAGGACUUGCCCUUUCUUCCACAGGUUAAGGAGUGACAGGAAAUAUACAGAGCGCUCUCAGGAAGCAUGCGAGACAGUAGUUAGUCCUCAGGACAAAAUAGCACUGCCACAACACAGUACAGAUGGCAUCAGAAACAAAGAAAAAGUCUGUCUAUGCAGUGCAGGACAGUGAGGAGAGUGUUGAAGUGCUUGUGCCUAGAUUAAAUCCAGACGUAUGAGUUAUGCACUUGAUGCUUGAGGGUAGAGACGGGAAUGGAAUAGAAUAGAAACAGUCCAAAGUUUGGUGUCGUUCAUUCAGAAAACAUUGAAAAACAUGAAUGCAUGUACAUGGUUACCUGCUGUAUGUUUGUAUUCAGGUGCCAUUUUUUUGCAUCUUAAAAAGCAGAACUACUGAUUGAAGACUUGCCUGCCUGAAAAUAGAAAAUCAUUGUACACAGAAGAUUUUUGUUUGUUACACGUGAUGCACCGUUACUUCCCAGUGUAUUGCCAGUUUUUGUUAUCACUCCAUCUCUCCAGAUCUUGUUUUGUGAUUAUUGCUGGAUCCACAUCACUGGUAAUCUUUUGGUUAUUGCUCCUCUUUAAAGCAUCUGUGUGCUGGUUGUAAUUGUUAUUUUCUUCAUAUAAGCAAUGUGUUCAAAAUAUGUUGUUAAGCAUUUGAAUUUAGUAUUUGUCAUUUGUAUGAAUGCAGAUUUUCACUGAUGAGACUGAAAUAAAAAAUCAAACACUA